CGGACGGCGGCGGCUCAGGUGGAGGCGGAAGGAGGCUUCGGCCGCGGAGCGUUAAGAUGGAGGCGCCUGUCUUCGAGAGUGUGGGUGCCGCGGUGGGAGCGGGUGGCCGGGUAAGCCGUGCGCGCCGCCGGGAUCCUACUCUCCGUCUAGCCUACCACGUGGAGCGGGAGGAGGAGCGAGACUCUGAGCACCGGGCCCUCUGCGACCUGGGGUCCUGGGUGAAGUGCUUCGUUGCCCUUGCCUCCAGGUACCCUGGCAAAUCCAGGAAACAGCUCCACCCAGCAGCUGGCUCCAGGUGGGCCAAGUGGAAUUCUGGAACUCCUGCCCGUGCUGCUGAGAAGACCUGGAUUUUGUUCCCAGGCACAUCAGUGUCAACAUCAAUGGGGGAUAAAAGGAUGAUCGUGUGGCACACAGGAGCUGGGAAGUCAUCGCUGACCCUGGGCUUCUUUCAGAUCAAUGAGUCUGCCAAAGGAGUGAUCAUCUGUGACAUCACCACCAAGAUUGGCCUGCACAGCCUCUGCUUCAAGAUCACCAUCAUCCCCCAGGAUCCUGUUUUGUUUUCGGGUUCCUUCUGCCUGAACCUGGACCCGUUCAGCCAGUACUCAGAUGAAGUCUGGACAUCCCUGGAGCUGGCUCAGCCCUUCCUGAUAAGCUGGACCAUGAGUGCAUAGAAGGCAGAGAGAACCUCAGAUGGAAAUACGGAGCUGAGAGAGAUGAUCUACUUGUCAGGAUCAACUAGCUGGUCAGUGCUGGGGCUGGCCAGCACCACAGGCGAGGAUUUUUACCACGAGGUGAGUGUUUUUCAGGUACGCAGUUUGCCUACGUUCUUCUGUACAACAAGGGGGAGGGUGUCUUGGUCCGUGGGGUGACAAAAGGAUGGGGUGGAGGGGCAAGCCCAGGUAACUUGAGUUUGGGGAGUCUUACCGUGCAAUGAUGCUUGCAAUUAUGAUACUUUAUUUCCUUUCUCU